UCGUGCUUUGGCAUGGAAUGGGAGAUACUUGUUGUAACCAGGAAUCAAUCGGAAAGAUACGAGAAUUUAUUCAAACCAGUUUACCUGGAAUUUAUGUUCAUUCAAUUAUGAUAGGUGAUGAUGAAAACGAAGAUAAAAAAGCUGGGUUUUUUGGUAACGUGAAUCAACAGGUAAGCGAAGUUUGCGAAAAAUUAAAAAACGACGAAAAUCUUCGUGAUGGAUUUAAUGCUAUCGGAUUUUCCCAGCACGCUGGUGUCUCGGAACUUCCUAAUUGUGAUAAAGGUGAUGGAUUUUGUCGAUUAAUGAAUACCAUGGCAUCUCGUGGGGUAUAUUCAGAAUUUGUUCGUAAACGAGUAAUUCAAGCUCAAUAUUUCAAGGAUCCUAAAAAUAUUGAAACAUAUUUAGCCAAAAAUAUUUUUUUACCGGACAUUAAUAAUGAACUUAUGUUUAAGAAUAAGACUUAUGCCAAAAAUUUGGCAUCAUUAAAUAAGUUUGUGAUGAUUCGAUUUACUGAAGAUACAAUCGUUAGACCAAAAGAUUCAUCGUGGUUUUCAUUCUAUGAUGAAGAAGGAAAUCUUAUACCACUUCAAGAACAAAAAAUCUACAAAGAAGAUUGGAUUGGAUUAAAAGAAUUAAAUAAUUCAGGAAAAUUAAUAUUCAAAGAUUGUGAAACUAGUCAUGUGACUUAUAUAUAUGUCGGUAUAAAAGAAUAUCCAAAAUGGAGACGAGAUAAAAGAUAUCUAUUAACUCGGAAUAUUGAGAAGAUUGGAAAUAAAGAGAAUAAGAAACAAGAAGCUAUGACCAAACUAAAUCAGCAAACAAAACAAAAUCCUUUAAUAUUUAUUCCACUUAUUCCUUUUGCACUUAUAUAUUUUACUUUACGAAUAACUUGGGAUUUAUUUAAAUUAUUUGUAUUUUAUUCAUUGGAAAGUGUAGUAAUUGGAUCAAUUCUGUUAAAAGAUAUUUUAUUCUGGAGUAUUAAGGAAAUACCGGUGAUAAUUUUAAUUAUUCUAAGGUUUUGGAAAGAUUGGAUUCAAGUCCCACUUUUAAGACUUUUAAAUAUAAUUCAUUAUUGGUCAUAUAAUUAUGCUUGGCCGAUUAUAAAAAAAUUAAUUAUUUUGAAUUGGAAAAUUAGUACUCGAAUGUUUAAAUAUGGGAAAGAAGUUAUAAGUUAUUCAUUUAAUAAAUCUUUAGAAAUAUCAAAAAAAAGUUGGGAAAAUUUUGGAUAUCCGAUUUCAAAAUUCCUUUUGAAUUUAAUUCUUUACCUUAUUAUUAAACCCGGAACCUGGAUUAUAUCAAGAUCUAUUUAUCUUUCACGAAUUCUUUGGAUUUGUUCUUGUUUCUUGGCUCGUGAUUUGGCUGAAGAUGUUAGGGAUUUAUGGAUCACUUCAUAUAAUAUUUUUAAUUUAAUUUGGAAUUAUGGAAUUCAACCUACGUGUCAAUUCUUUAUUCGAAUUGUGAAAUUAACUAUUCAAAUGACGAAAUCAAUUAUUCAAAUGGUGAAAUCAAUUAAACAAUGGAUUAUUAACACGACGAUCAUGUUGGAAAAUUAUCUUCCUAUUAUUGAAAGAUUUCUUUAUAUGAGAUUAAUAUUAACUAGUAUUAAUAAUAUGGUUAAUAUUAUUCAUGGAAUUUGUUCCAAUAAAAUAUUUCGUUUCCUGGUAGGAAAUUUUUUUGAUAUUUUAAUCUUUACUGGGAAAACUUUAAUGGAAUUUAUAAAUUAUUAUUUCAAUCAAUUGAAAGAACAAUAUCAAAAGAUAAAACUAAUUCUUAUAACAUAUAUUGUAAAAUCAAUUAAAAGAGCAAGUUAUGAAAUAAUCGAAAUUACGAUAAUUUCAUGUUUCGAAAUCAUGAAAUCAUUGGUUUGGAUAUAUCAUUCAAUCAUUCGACCAACAAUUUUGGCACUUCCGAUGGCUAAAAAGAUUACCAGUUCAAUUUAUCGAAAUGGAUAUGAAUAUUUUCAAUUAUUCCUUUCUUUCACUUAUAAUAAUUUGAUUUCACUUUGUAAUAUAAUAUUACCUUACCUUUAUAUGAUGAUUUCACAAAUUGAAGAUAAAACUUUGGGUUUAUUGAAGAGAUUAAGUGAUACCUUAAUUAAUAAUUAUUUACCUCGAUUGAGUAAUUUCAUUUAUGAAUUACAAAUACUUCAAUCAUUACAAAAUAUUUAUUUAACAUUUUAUGUUAAAUUUGAACCAAUAAUUCUUGAAUGGAAACAAAAGAUUGUGGAGACUGCGGAUUCGAUGGUGGUUAAUCUUGGACAAAGUAUGAUGGAAUGGGUUAAGAAAGAACAAGAAUUAAAAAGUGGAACUAGUGGUUAA